AUGUCUUCCAAGCGACCAGCCUCUCCGUAUGGGGAAGCAGAUGGAGAGGUAGCCAUGGUGACAAGCAGACAGAAAGUGGAAGAAGAGGAGAGUGACGGGCUCCCAGCCUUUCACCUUCCCUUGCAUGUGAGUUUUCCCAACAAGCCUCACUCUGAGGAAUUUCAACCAGUUUCUCUGCUGACGCAAGAGACUUGUGGCCAUAGGACUCCCACUUCUCAGCACAAUACAAUGGAAGUUGAUGGCAAUAAAGUAAUGUCUUCAUUUGCCCCACACAACUCAUCUACCUCACCUCAGAAGGCAGAAGAAGGUGGGCGACAGAGUGGCGAGUCCUUGUCUAGUACAGCCCUGGGAACUCCUGAACGGCGCAAAGGCAGUUUAGCUGAUGUUGUUGACACCUUGAAGCAGAGGAAAAUGGAAGAGCUCAUCAAAAACGAGCCGGAAGAAACCCCCAGUAUUGAAAAGCUACUCUCAAAGGACUGGAAAGACAAGCUUCUUGCAAUGGGAUCGGGGAACUUUGGCGAAAUAAAAGGGACUCCUGAGAGCUUAGCUGAGAAAGAAAGGCAACUCAUGGGUAUGAUCAACCAGCUGACCAGUCUGCGAGAGCAGCUCUUGGCUGCCCAUGAUGAACAGAAGAAACUAGCUGCCUCUCAGAUUGAGAAACAGCGUCAGCAAAUGGAGCUGGCCAAGCAGCAGCAAGAACAGAUUGCAAGACAACAGCAGCAGCUUCUGCAGCAACAACACAAAAUCAAUUUGCUCCAGCAACAGAUCCAGGUUCAAGGUCAGCUGCCGCCAUUAAUGAUUCCCGUAUUCCCUCCUGAUCAACGGACACUGGCUGCAGCUGCCCAGCAAGGAUUCCUCCUCCCUCCAGGCUUCAGCUAUAAGGCUGGAUGUAGUGACCCUUACCCUGUUCAGCUGAUCCCAACUACCAUGGCAGCUGCUGCCGCAGCAACACCAGGCUUAGGCCCACUCCAACUGCAGCAGUUAUAUGCUGCCCAGCUAGCUGCAAUGCAGGUAUCUCCAGGAGGGAAGCUGCCAGGCAUACCCCAAGGCAACCUUGGUGCUGCUGUAUCUCCUACCAGCAUUCACACAGACAAGAGCACAAACAGCCCACCACCCAAAAGCAAGGAUGAAGUGGCACAGCCACUGAACCUAUCAGCUAAACCCAAGACCUCUGAUGGCAAAUCACCCACAUCACCCACCUCUCCCCAUAUGCCAGCUCUGAGAAUAAACAGUGGGGCAGGCCCCCUCAAAGCCUCUGUCCCAGCAGCGUUAGCUAGUCCUUCAGCCAGAGUUAGCACAAUAGGUUACUUAAAUGACCACGAUGCUGUCACCAAGGCAAUCCAGGAAGCUCGGCAAAUGAAGGAGCAACUUAGACGGGAACAACAGGUGCUUGAUGGGAAGGUGGCUGUUGUGAAUAGUCUGGGUCUCAAUAACUGCCGAACAGAAAAGGAAAAAACAACACUGGAGAGUCUGACUCAGCAACUGGCAGUUAAACAGAAUGAAGAAGGAAAAUUUAGCCAUGCAAUGAUGGAUUUCAAUCUGAGUGGAGAUUCUGAUGGAAGUGCUGGAGUCUCAGAGUCAAGAAUUUAUAGGGAAUCCAGAGGGCGUGGUAGCAAUGAACCCCACAUAAAGCGUCCAAUGAAUGCCUUCAUGGUGUGGGCUAAAGAUGAACGGAGAAAGAUCCUUCAAGCCUUUCCUGACAUGCACAACUCCAACAUCAGCAAGAUAUUGGGAUCUCGCUGGAAAGCUAUGACAAACCUCGAGAAACAGCCAUAUUAUGAGGAGCAAGCCCGUCUCAGCAAGCAGCACCUGGAGAAGUACCCUGACUAUAAGUACAAGCCCAGGCCAAAGCGCACCUGCCUCGUGGAUGGCAAAAAACUGCGCAUUGGUGAAUACAAGGCAAUCAUGCGCAACAGGCGGCAGGAGAUGCGGCAGUACUUCAAUGUUGGGCAACAAGCACAGAUCCCCAUAGCCACUGCCGGUGUUGUGUACCCUGGAGCCAUCGCUAUGGCUGGAAUGCCCUCCCCUCACCUGCCCUCAGAGCACUCAAGCGUGUCUAGCAGCCCAGAGCCUGGGAUGCCUGUUAUCCAGAGCACUUACGGUGUGAAAGGAGAGGAGCCACAUAUCAAAGAAGAGAUACAGUCCGAGGACAUCAAUGGAGAAAUUUAUGAUGAGUACGAUGAGGAAGAGGAUGAUCCAGAUGUAGAUUAUGGGAGUGACAGUGAAAACCAUAUUGCAGGACAAGCCAACUGAUAAGGGUCAAAAGAUUGUUGUGACCUUAGGACUUAAAGAAGCCCUAACUGGUUCAUCCUUACCAGUGGCCAAGCACAUUAACUUUCUCAUACACUGACUGUUACUUUAACUGUUAGUCUUAAAUAGUUGGGACAUCAGCUGACUAAUAGACCUCAGCCUCAAAAGGCUUGGAAAGAAAAAAAAAUACAACAAGCAGACAACAGUAUCAACAACAAGAGAUUGAAAUAAGCUAUGGGUAAAAUAAUGCCAGUAAUUCAGCUGCUACAUCCAAGCACUGAAGUCUUACCCGUCAACUUUUUUUUUUUUAAUAAACUUUAUGGCUGUUUGUUCUACAAUGUUCUAGAAAUUCUCACUCAGGUACACAGUGCCAACAAGUGGCUUGUGAAUGUGUUUUGUUGUUUUGUGCUACAAUUUUUAAAAAGAAAUAAGUUUUGUUUUGUUUUUGGGGGUUUCUGGGUUUUUUCCUUUUCUUUUUCUUUUCUUUCAUUUUUUUUCGUUGUAAUGCACCUGACAGAAAAAAAAGAAAAAUGAAUUUCUCUUUACUUCUCUCCACCUUCUCCAUCUCUAUACUUUAAAGAUGGAAGUCUGUGCAUGAGGGGGAAGAGGGAAAAAGAGCCUGUUUUUAACUUACUUGCUAUCCACCACAAAAUAAGCAAUUAUUUUCUUUAGAGGACUUUCUUUAUCUGUUGCACACCACACUACAUCUUUGAGCAAGUGCCAAAUUUGUACUGAAGUGUUGACCAAGUUCAUUUUUUCCCUUUUCUUUUUCCUGUUCCUUCUUAAGUUAGGACAGUGUUAUAUCUUAGACAAUCCCUUAGAAAACCUGAAAUACCAGCAGCUGGUGAGAUUUGACUUUUUUUUUUUUUUAAUGGAAACUGUAGGUGCUGUUCUCAGGUGAAAAGAGAGAGAGACAUAAGAAAUUUAGAGAAAAAUAUUUUCUGAUCUUGGAUUUUUGUGUGUAUGUAUGUGUGUGAUUAUGGUACUAAUAGGAAUAACGUUGGACCAUUGUGAGUUAAACCCACAUCUGGGGAUGAAAUCCCACAUCCUCCCAAGUGACUGGUCUAGAAAUAAUCUUGACCUUGACUUUGCACUUCAAAUGACAACUUAACCAAGUAUAGGGCUCAGAAAUUAUAUUUUUAAAUGUCUAAUAUGAUUAUUAUUGGAUGGAUCAGGUGGCCCUGUGUAAUAGAGGUGUGCAUGUAUAACAUGGAAGCUACUAGCAAACUGUUCCCAGAUGUCCUUUCUCCCUGGUCAGUUGGUUCUAUUAAUGUUUGCUACUUAGUGAUUUUUGUUUUUCCUGUUGAUAUUUCGAGCAAAACAAUCAUUGUUUUCAUUGAAUAUAUUUGGCCAUCUUUCAGAUGAAUAGAAUUAGCUUAUUUCUUCAACAUUCCAUCCUUUCCUGAUCAGGAAAUGAAACUGAUGAUUUUAUAAGGUAUUUUUCACCCCUCCAUGAAAUGAGGUGGAGGCCUUUAGCAUUUCAGAAGUGUGGGCCAUGUGUAGUUCAUGCCAUAAAAAGUAGUAUUUAAUUAAAAGUCAUUGCAGCCCAACAAAAUGGAGCCUGGUUGCACCCAGGGAUCCUUGCCACUGCUCUUCCCUUGCUGUCAGAUGAAUCACUGAAGUCCAUCUUCGGUUCGAACAGAGUGUUUGUGAAGAGCAACAACUGAAUGUGAUGGGACUGCUUAUGUAGAUUUUGCCAGCCAAACGCCAAGGCAGUUGUAGGGCCUGUACAAAUAAAUGCAAAAUCAUUUCAAGUCAAUUGCCAUUAUUUGUAUUGAAGUAUCAGAUAGCAAAUACUGCAACUAGUAGCUCGAUGUGCUAUAGUUUUCAUUCAAGUCAUCAUUUUCCUAUUCCACCCCCACUAAACACCACCCUAAAGUUGGAUUUUUACAUAUAAGUAAAGAAAAGAAUUCCUUUUA